AGGACGCGGUUCAUUUCGGCGCUCAAUAUUCUGGCGAUACCUGCCUCUGAGCAGGAGGACUAUCAACACACACACACCUCCGAUCUUUGGCAAGGACUUGAUAUCAGCCAGCAAAAAUGAGAUUUUUCUCGGCCGCUCUGGUGGCCUUGGUGGCCGUGACAACGGUCAGCACGCUAAGGCAGUACCCGCGGCAAAAUGCCGACAACUACGAGCGCUACAAGAACAGCGACUUGCAGCUCGAGCCUCCACGACCGGAGGAGUUCGAGUUCUUCAAGUCCGCUAGUGAACCGAAAAGUUUCAGGGACGAGGUGACGGACGACUUCCACUUCGCACGCGACGAGGAUGGCAAGAAAAAUAAAGCUAAGGUUGGUGGAAAAACGCAGUAUCACUCAAAUGCGAAACCCAUACCCGAGGUGAAGCCUAUUUUCGCCGCGACUGAGGAUGUCGAGAAGAGUGAUGAGCAGGUGGAUGAAUCCGAGGAGCAAAUCAGAUGUGUCAAAGUCGACACGAAGCCAGUGACCGCUGAUGACGUGUACAAAGGCCGCUUCAGACGGGCCGCGUCGGACAAAAAAACCAUGACGUGUUUCAAGUGCGAGGACUUGAAGAAAGGAGGCUUUUACCAGAAAUGCUCCUACGGCACCGACCCCAAGAACAAGGCUUUCUUCAUCUCUCACGAGAAAGCGUCAAGCAGCAAUGAAAAGCCUAAGUUCCACACGUUCGGCCCUGAAUGGGAUGAGGAAGGUGAAGAGCCAGAAGAAUCUAAAAUCGAAAGGCAGAUCAAAGAGAGCUUCUACAGCCCUAGCAGUGAGUACCUGAAGGCUGCCGAGUCCAUUGGAAAGUAUGUGUAUGACGGACCCGAUUUUUCCAGCUCCAACACCAACUACAGGUACGAGGUGCCUGAUUCCAGUUACGACAAGUCUCGCAUCCCAAAGAACCACCCCAGCAGCGAUCACUAUCAGCCCUCUCCGUCUUAUCUGAAAGCCAUUAAGCAAUCUCCUGAUGAUGACAAUAAGAAAACGGCAAAGCCUACUGAAGGCGUUGAAUAUGUAGGAAAGCCGACUGAGCAUCGCUACUCGAGCUAUGGAGAAAAGGAAUCCUCCCAAGGUAAAAAGGGUUCUUCGGAAGAAGAAGGCUCAUCUGAGGACGGUUACAAGGGGCAUCCCUCUGAGCACAGCUACGACUCCAGGAAGGGAUCCUCAGAAGAGGGAAGCGGGGAAGAAGGAUCAGACGAGUACUCAGGGAAACCCACCGAGUACCAUUUCAAGAGCUCGAAGAAGGAGCCGACCAAAACUUAUUCGUCCUACACCACCGAUCCCCCAGUAAAUUAUUACUACGAAACCAAGGAAGCCUCACCUAGCCAGAAGAAGACAGAUUACGCGUCCACGCCGAACGACUAUGUUUAUUCAACCAAGAAGAAGCAUCCUACCAAGCUGUACUCGUACGAAACUACCGACAAACCUGUCUCCUACGAGUAUAAGACCGAGUCAAAGACGGAGCCAAAGGCAAUCCACCAGCCAGCUUACGAGUACUAUUCUCCCACCGAGUUCACCUACUCUAAGACCGUAGAUGACCCCCUGAAGACCUACUACCAAUCAUCAAGUUACGGAGAUGAAGAAGACAAGCCUGCCGAGGGAAAUGCACCAAAGGAACAGACGGUUGAAGCGCCAAAAGGCAAGAAAAAGAAGGCUAAUGGAAAGAAGGGCAAACACGCACCACAGGUAACAGAGGUGAGCGAAUAUUCCACCACCGCCGACCUGCCAGAAACGUUCGUCGCACAGCCGAGCGAGGAGCUGAGGAAGGCGAUGGGCCAGUUCCUGCAAGCUGACAGGACCAACUGCACGCAGGUGCAGCGCGAAAAGAUGGUCUGCUGGGACUGCAUCGACGCGGCCGGCACCAAGCAGGAGGAGUGCAUGUACGUGGCCAGCAGCCAGCCGGCGGCAUACCAGACUGCCUACUCUGACCGCAAGGAGAACGUGCAGAAGCCAGGCAAGAAGGGCAGGAAGCAGCAGCAGCAGCCGCAGCCUGCCGAGCCGAAAAAUGAAGAAUCGGUCGCUGUCGACCAGAAGCAGGAAGCCCCUGUGCCGAGCCAGGAAAGGCAGCAGCGGCGUCGGCCCGCCAGCAACCGAAAACACCACAUUUCCGCCGUGACGACGACUGAGUCUCGCACGCGUAAAGGGCGGCCAGUAGCCGCUGCCACGAGCACCACGGCCGAGACGAGGGUGGCCGUGGACAAGGAUGAGUCGCGGCGAAGGAGGCGUCAGCCGAAGAAGGCGACCGUGGAAGAGAACGCUGAUGAGGGGAAGCAGCGUCGCAGAAGGCGGCCGAAGCAGGAGCCCAGGAGGGCGGCCGCAGAGCCCAAGAAGGCGGCAACCGAGCAGCACGAGCAAAGUGCUGAAAAGGUGGAACCGCCGCCACCACCCACACCCAAGGAAUUUGAGGUUGCAGACGAAGAAGGAGCAUUCAGUGCCGAGACGCGGGUAAAGUACAACAAACGCCUUGGAAUGUCGCUGCCGGAGUAUAUGCUGACCAAGUCCGACUUUGAAGCAGAAUUCGACCGUGCGGUCCAAGCAGGCUGAAUUUCUGCUUUGGAAGUGCAGCGCACAAACUAACCUCAUCGUAAGAAGCAAAUUCAAGUCCCUGCUGUUGUCUAUGAUCCGUGUAGUCAGUAACAAUUGUUAUUAAGUGAUCUCCUCAUGCUGUUGUUUAACUAAUUAAUAAAUCAACUGCAACAAGCAGUUUAACUUCUA